AGAGAUGAAAGGAUGGCUUUACCCUUAUUGCAUGCUUGUGAGGGGACAGAAGUUCUUGUCUGCUAGCGUAGAUACGUGUUGUUCUCCUGUUUCACGUCGAAGAAGAAUGUGAAAGUAUGGCUUCUCCUGUCUCAAAUGUGACGAUGCGCGCGCGCGGCUGCGUUCGUCUUCCUUUGCGGGCUCCUCCUGCGAGAUGGGGUAUGCUUCUCCUCGUGGGAGGUCUCCGCUGCGUUCUCUGCAGUGCAGAAGCUUCUCGUGAGAACGUGUCAACAACACCUUGGCCACUGACUGAAGAGGAAGAAACAAGCAUUCUAGAGCGUUACUAUCCAGAGCGGCUGAGGCGCUUUGAUACCAGUAUUAAGGCUCAGCUUUCAAUGGUCACCAUUUAGAUUGGAGUCACUGAGAUCGAAGAGGCGACCCGCCCUUGAGAGGGAAAAGGGGAAAAGGGAAAGGGGAGAGCUUUGACGGGGGGGUCUCUUCCGUUCAGAGUCGGUGGCCAGUGAGUGCUGAGCUUUAAAAGUACUUCAGAGGAAUUGUCGGAACACCCGCAUCGACUUUUUACUGGUGCACUAGACAGAAAUCGAGAUGGAGUGUUGGACAUGACUGAGCUUCGCCUCUGGGGCAUCUGGGAAAAGUGGGCUGCUUAUUACGACAAGGACGGCGAUGGGCAUGUCAACCAGCACGAGUGGAGACAUCUAUUCCGACAGCGGAAACGCUACGUAGUCAAUAUGGCAGUGAGAGACCAUUCUUCAGAGGAAAAGAGUAAUAUUAAGGUUGGAGAAAGGACUUCUUGUGGGGGUAGUUGUACAUUGGCGUCCGAGAACGAAAGUAGGGUCGUUGAUAUCGGAAAAGGUGCUUUGCAGUCGUCCGAUACUAGCACCACCAACAGCACCACCACCUUGGACGUGUCUGACCUCUCUGCACGUAGUGAACUCUCUUCCUGGCGAAAACAGAGGAGUCGUAGGCAGCGGAAGAACUGGAACGGUUUGAAAGGUCAUCUACAACCACUGCAAGUGCUUGGUGGAGAGGGUGGUUCUCCUGGAGGUGGAGAGGGUGGUUCUCCCGUUAGUGGUCGUGAAGUAGGUGAAGUAGGUGAGACACAGACACAAACUAAGCGGAAGAAGAUCCCUCGACUUCGCUCACAAGACGUACAACCAAAAAAAUUUUGGCAAGAAUUCGUGGACAAGCAUCUACCUGUCGUCCUUACGGGUGUGGAAUCGCCAGCGUGGAGACACUGGGAUGAGGAGUUUUUGCGAUCAAAAUAUGCAGAACUGGAAGUGAAGCUAUGAUCUGCAGAAUCAUGAGUUGGUUACUGAUUUUGAAAAAGUAGGCAGGUUCAGAUCGUCGUAUCUUUAUACUCGUCACAGCGAAAUAUUAGACUGGCAUACAGAUCAUACUUAAUAUACUAGUAAGCAUAGGGUAGUUUGUUGCAAAACAGAUGGGAACUACAGAAAUUGUCAGAAGCAGAAGCUCUAAGUUCUUUUCUUCGCUCUAACAUACCUGGAGCCACGACGUGAAGAUCGUGGCAACCCGGAUGCACCAGAGACAAGGAAAUCGCGGGCCACUCUAGCUGAGCUUCUAGAUGAAUAUGUCGAAGAAGGAGCGACUGGAGCAACAGCAGAAGAUCAACAGCUUGUCACUGAGGACCAAGAAGAGCGUGAAGAUUCAACCUCGCAGAUGGACAAAAGGAGAUAUCUUUCGCAGGUUCGAGGCAAGGCCUAUGCUGUUUCGAUCUUACCACAACAAAUGGCUUGGGAUACAGUAAUUCCACGCGCUCUGCUGUGUGGAUCUCGAAGACACCAGAAAGACCCAGCAAAGGUCUUAGCACAAUGGCAAGCAAAGGCAAAAGCAGCCGCAGCGUCUGGCGGGGAACAGAUAUCUUCAAAGGCAGAUAGUACAACUGGUACAUCUACUGGUACAUCCUCACCUUCUACAUCAUCUGGUGAAGAACCUUCUCCUACAUCUGGAGGACCCACAACGUCUAGUCUGCAGGAGGCACAACUUCUCGGUCCUCAUCGCUUCCCUCAUCCCAAAGGGAGAGCCUAUAUGACGCAUUUUCUAGAGUAUAAUCUGUGGAUGGCACACGGUCCGACGGAGUCCCAGCUCCACUACGACGCGGAAAACAUUUUGUUUUGCGUCUAUCGUGGUCGAAAGCGCUUUUUGCUGAUUGAUACCAGAAAAUACGGGAAAAGGAUGGCAUGGGUAUUUUUGAAUUGCUCUUUCUUGUACUAAGUGUCUAGAAGUAUAAGAAACAAUAAUCUAUUCAUGCUUGCUCAACUCUAUAUUAUAGAGUUGAUUGUGCAGCUCCUGCCACUCCAAUGUAAGUACCCUUCUGAGUACAGCUACAUUUCAGGUUCGCGGACGUCAAUACCACUACGAGGAGGACCUAUUGAACCAAGGGUCGGAUUGGGUAGACGUGAAUCCAGAGGCUGUUGACUUGAAUAUUUUUCCUGAAUUUGCGAAAAUGGAGUACCAGAUUGCUGAUCUAGAACCUGGCGACUGUCUUUUUCAGCCCUACAGCUAUCUACAUCAAGUGAACUCCAAUGCGAAAGAGUCAAGUACCACCAAUGCCGAAGUACAAGUACAAGAACAAGACUUGCAAGUCUCGGCUUCUUUUCUGUUCUCACCUUUUGAGGUGUUCGACGCAGAAGCUUGCGCCAGUGAGGUGCUGCAACAACGUAGGAUUUUCGACAUGCCUGCCGGGGUCUUCGACGUGCUGUGGAGCUAUAGCGGCAAAGGAGUGAUCCCCCAGGGCUACCCGGAUCCCGCUGUUGUUGCCAGGGACAUCCGGAAUGAAAUGCGAGAGAGUGGCGCAAUCAGGAUGGCGUUGCAACAGAGGAGGAAGAAAUUAAGCCUUGUUCCGCUAAUCCAUCUGUAUAGGGAUCCCUCAAACGUGUGCGCCCUAAUUUACAAGGGGAAGAAUAUUACUGACGCACACGCCGGAGGGAUUUCCACAGGGAUGAAUUUGGACGAGCUCUAAAGAAAGAAGAACUGGGAGGAGUGCCACUGCUUUCACCUGGAGUCUUAAAGGAGUUUGCCGGCGGUUCUUCACCGAUGAGGAGGAGUUCACAAGUUUUAAACCGUUAUGUCGAAGAAUUCGGUAGAUAUGCUAAUACCAAACAUCUCAUCAAUCCGCAGAUCCUAGAAGCAGAAGUUGACAAGCUUUUGUGGCCUGCUUCUGGUUCGGGAGAGGAUCAAGCAAAUGUCUUAUCUACUAGAGGAUCGCCUUUGGUAGAUGAGGUGGUGGAAAGAACUUGUAGCGUCAGUCGGCAAGUUGAGGAGGAUCAUCCUAGGAGCGGUGCGAAGGCAAGAAGAGAUGAAGAACCAGAGGAGGAUUAUCCUUCUACCGACUUAAAAAGUGAAUCUUCGUGCAGCACGACCAGUCGCGGCGUACCUCUAGACCUGUGGUUGCGCUAUACCGUUGACAGCGAUGAUGGUCUUGCUUGCAAUCGUGGUCUUGAGUAUUUUCCACGCACUGCGGACGACUGGCACAGGAUGGAGACGUUUUUGGACUUGUUUUUGGCAGGAAAAACUACAGAUGUUCUUGAUGUCCUCGAUCAAAAAUCUACUAGAAGAAGUAUGAAGAAGCAGCACAGAAUGCAUAGGAUGAUACUAGAAGGUCAAGAAGAAUCUAGAGGUAACAACAACACAACCUCCUCAGCAAGAACGCAAACUCCACAUCAUGAAAAAGCUACUAUGACUUCUAGCAGCAAGAACACGAAGGGAGGUCAAGGCACAAUAGAAGAAGAAAAGGUAGAGGAGCAUGAACAAGAACCGGAGGUAGCCGGAGAUGAAGAGGAGCGAGAUGAUGAUGAUGAUGAUGCUAGGACGAUUAUUGGUAGAGCCUCACCAGAUGAUAGAGUCGAUGAUGGUGAUUCAUACACUGAGAUUGAACUAUAAUGAAUAGAUUCCCUGCUCGCUGAUUCGAAUGAUACACUUAGACAGGCUCUGUCCACAGAGCAAUAUGGUGCAUAAGAUUGCAAGUCUUCUACACCAAGAUCACUGCAGCAGAAGC